GUCUGCUCGCUCGUAUGUAAAUCGAGUGAGUUAGAGUAUAAAUCGUCUGCGAAGGUUGUUCUGCGACACAGUAGUAAGCUCUCCGUGUGGAUAUAUCGUUUGGGGACGGGAUUUUUAUUCCUCGCGUCUCUGUGUUAACAAGAUCAUGGCGUUGAUGAAAACCUUUGUUUACAUCCUCUGUUUUACUCUCCUAAAAAUAGCAGCAUCAGCUCCAACAGAGGAAUCCCUGGAUCCAUGGGCGGAGAACGCGAUGACUGAAACAACAACCGAAUCAUCAACUUCCACCACCCCCACUAACGAAACUGUGACGGAAGAAAUGAAUUCCACCACAUCUAAUUCAACGGAAAUCAUCACCACAACCAUCGAAACCUCAAACUCGACAGAAGAGACAUUCGAAGCAGAUAUCAUAGAUGAAACGAUACCUUGGGAAUAUGAACAAGAAACUACUGUAGUAGUCCCAACAGCUUCACCUAAGCCUGAUAAACCCAGUUCGGCAAGUUCAGCCUAUUUACAUUGCCUAGCUUUCGUCUUUGCUUGUAGUGUGUUGUCAUCAGAAAAGUUACUGUUUCGUUUAUAGUCUAUGAACUUUAUUCUUAUUUGUUUUAACUUAUUUGUUACCUUGCAAUUUUGCCAAGAGGGCAACAUGUAAAUAGUUUAAAUAAAUUGUUAAUAACUUUU